AUGGAAGAAAGUUCUAGUUCUCCUGUUUCUCCUGUGGAUAGCUUGGGGACCAGUGAAGAGGAGCUGGAGAGGCCGCCAAGGAGAUUUGGGAGGAAGAGAAGAUCCAGCAAGAAGUCCAGUGAAGAGGGAAGCCCAGCCCCAGGCAAGCGAGGGAAGAAGUCCAGCCCAGGUGCCCAGUCGUACGAGGAGCUCCAGAGCCAGCGGAUUCUUGCCAAUGUCCGGGAGAGGCAGAGGACUCAGUCCCUCAAUGAAGCCUUUGCAGCACUGAGGAAGAUCAUCCCAACACUGCCUUCGGACAAGCUCAGUAAAAUCCAGACUCUCAAGCUGGCGGCCAGGUACAUCGACUUCCUCUACCAGGUGCUGCAGAGCGAUGAGAUGGACAACAAGGUGAACAGCUGCAGCUAUGUGGCUCACGAGAGGCUCAGCUACGCCUUUUCCGUGUGGAGGAUGGAAGGAGCGUGGUCCAUGUCGGCAUCCCACUAG